AUGGAAGAAGGUAUUUUCAACGUUGUGGACGAGGAGAUUAAUGCGGUGCAAGAUUUUCGCAUGCACACUCUUCCAGUCAGAGCUAAGCAGAUUGCUGAGGCGACUCUUCAGGAUCGAUACUUGAAGGAAGUAAAAGAGUACAUUGCAAACGGCUGGCCCGAACGCGUAGAACAGGAGUUGGUUCCGUACUGGCAACGACGAGCUGAACUUACAACACACCGUGAGUGCGUUCUUUGGGGCCUACGCACCGUUAUACCUCAAAAGUAUCACGCAGCCCUUCUGGAUACGCUCCACGAGUGUCAUGUAGGACAAACUAAAAUGAAGAUGUUGGCUCGCUCAUAUCUGUGGUGGCCAGGACUGGACAAAGACAUUGAAUCCAGAGUGAGAGGUUGCGAUCAAUGUGCGUCCGUUGCAGCGCAAGAGGUUCCUGCGCCACUUCACCAAUGGGAGCCACCGGAUAAGCCGUGGUAUCGUCUGCACGCAGAUUUUGCGGAGCUUCAUGGGAAGCAUUAUCUCAUAGUCAUCGACAGUUUUAGCAAGUGGCCAGACGUGAGGACUAUGACAACAACGACUGCAGACAAAACGAUAGACACGCUCAGAGACAUCUUCACUCAAAAUGGGCUCCCUGAAGUUUUCGUGACGGACAACGGACCUCCGUUCACAAGUCAACAGUUUCGAAAAUUUUUCGAAGAUCAGGGAAUUCACCAUGUGCUAACGCCCCCUUACCAUCCCCAAUCAAACGAAUUGGCAGAGAAUUUUGUGCGGACAUUUAAGACUGCUCUGCGCCGUUAA